AUGGUCGAAACAAUCAAAAUCGAAACAACAACAAUACCAAUAACAACAACAACCAUACUUAUUCUCCUCAUCCUACCUCUUCUUCCUCUUCCUCUGCCUAUUCUUCUCCUACGUCACCUUCUUCUUCAUCUCCCUCCCGCGCCCCACUCGCUGUCACCAGACUGGCAGGGUGAGCCCGCUCACUCUGGCAGCCUGGAAUGUUCGUUUCCAUUUAGACAAUCUGAGGAGCAACCGACCGGAACGGAGGACGGCGCUCGUGGCACGAGAACUGGCCCGCUACAAGGUGGACAUCGCCGCACUCAGCGAGACCCGUUUCUUCGAACAAGUUCAACUGGAGGAGGUGGGUGCCGGCUGCACCUUCUUCUGGAGCGCUCGACCCAGGGCAGAACGACGGGACGAGGGUGCUGCCUUCGUCAUUCGGAACGACAUCGUGGGACGACUGCCCUGUUUGCCGCAGGGCAUCAACGAUCGCCUGAUGAGCCUCCGGCUGCCUCUCUGGGGAGGCAAAUUCGCCACCAUCAUCAGCGCCUACGCUCCGACGAUGACCAACCCCGACGCCGUCAGAGACAAAUUGUACGAAGACAUGCAUGCCCUCUUGGCGACUGUGUCGAAGGCGGACAAGUUGAUUGUCCUUGGUGACUUCAACGCCCGCGUCGGCACAGACCAUACUGCCUGGAGAGGAGUGCUGGGUACCCACGGUCUCCGCGGCUCAAACGACAAUGGUCUGUUGCGCAGAACACCGCCUCAUCCUGACGAAAACCUUUUUAUGUCUGCCGGAGCGAGAUAAGGCCACCUGGAGGCAUCCUCGGUCACGCCAGUGGCACCUGCUGGACUAUGUCCUCGUCCGCAGGCGAGAUCAGCGGGACGUGCUGGUAGCGAAAGCGAUCGCGGGUGCUGACGGGUGGACCGACCAUCGCCUCAUCAUGUCGAAGAUGCGUAUUCGCCUACAGUCUCGCAGGAGACCACAAGGUAAGCGACCCCCAGGUAAGCUGAAUGUUGCCUUGUUGUCUUUGCCCGCACACCAUCUUCAUUUCAGCAAUCAGCUAGCUCAACGGCUAGACAACCUCCCCAUCGCCGAUGCCGCCGCUGCCGAGAACGCCUCCGUGGAGAACCGCUGGUGUCAACUGCGAGACACGGUCCAGUCGACGGCGCUCGCCGUCCUCGGUCGCGCUCCCCGCCAACACCAGGACUGGUUCGACGACAACGACGCCGCCAUCAGAAAUCUGCUAGCUGAGAAGAACCGCCUACACAAAGUCUACGUAGAUCACCCCACGGAUGCCACCAAACCUGCCUUUUACCGCAGCCGCCACCAACUUCAGCAAUGA